GCCUGGCCGGGGGGCACAGUCGGCUUCCAAGUUGCCUACCUCCUGUGCCUUUCACUUGGACGUAGAGAGGAAGCCAUGGGCCCUGCUCCGGAGGCGGCUACAACAAAGCUGGGUGGGCCCCCCUUCAUCUCUCGGCAAGGACACUGGGGCUCCAUCUGGUCACCCUCAGAUAGACAGAACAGGGGGACUAGAGCCUCAGCAGUCAGGUGGGGUGGAGGAAGGAGCCUGGGUGGCCCCGGGAACCUGGUGGCGCCCAGCUCCCCUGCCCUUCCUCGUUCACAUGGCUGUCCCUUCGCAGGGACUGCUGGCUGGGAAGCCAGUGGGACACACCAGGCCUGGACACCAGGGGGAGGGGCCCGAGGAGGUGGCCACCCUGCUCAGGGUCCAGGUCGGCCUUCUGGCGUCACCUGGCAGAGGCCUGCCCCCCUCUGUGUGUCCUCAGGCCUCUGGAGGCCGUGUCCACAUUGAGGAAGGUGCCAGAGAAGGCAGGACUCUGCUUCCAGGUCCUCCCAGGGGUCUUACCUUCUCCAAGGUCCCCAGAGGUAUAUCAGCCGACCUGACCAGAGGCCGGGCGUGUGGUGGGCCCCACCCCUUCAGCCUCUGCUGGGGCUUUCUGUAAGGGUGGGUGGGCAACCCUGAGAAAAGUGAUGCUGGGCCAGAGGCCCACACGCGGUGUCUCCUUCAGCCCACCACCCACACAGGCUCUGGCCCAAAGCAGGGUGACCACAGGCAGGCACCCCCAGGAGCCCUACGGUGAGCCCUCCCUCUCCCAGUUUGGCUAUGCCCCACCCCCCUCCUGGACCACAGACUCCAGGGACGCUCUGGAGCCUCACCAGGGCUCUGGCACCUUCUCUUUGCUCCAGACCCACCUCGGGCCCAGUGAAGAGACUCUGGGACUCGGCCCUGCCCUACUGUCCUCCCGCACAGGGGAGGGGGACCGGCUCUGCGAAGGACAGCCCAGUGGGGAGAGGCCACGGGUCUCACCCGGAAGUGCCCUUGGAGGCCGCCUGUGGUUUCCUCGGGACCAUCUGCCAGUGCCCACUCCGGGCCUGCCCACCUUUGGUCGGGAGGCCACAGAACGGGGUGGCUGGGGAGAAAGAGAAGUCACAUGCGGGCCUCUUGCUCCCCGCCCUUCCUCUCCCUGAGUGGCUUACAGCAAGCUUUUUUGUUUUUUGUUUUUUUCGUGGCCCAACUUGGACUUGGGACAGAAGGGGAACCUCGGCCUCCAGCCGGGGAGAAACAGAGGGAGCAGGGCCCAUCCAGCCGGGGCAGCGAGGGAGGCCGUUUCCCAGCCAGCGACUGGGGUCGGAGGCCCACGGGUCAGGUUCGCGGGCUCUGCCAGGUGUCGUGCUCUUGGGACGCUGGACAGUUCUUGGCUCCCCAGACCCUCGUCAUUUCCUUCCGUAGCCUCGGGUGUGACAGGCCCCCGGUGUGGUGGUUAGAAGGGAGAGACUGAGAAAACCAGAGCGGAUGGUUGAGCUGUGGUGGGAGCUGCUGGGGACACACCCUUCCUCGGAGACAAGCUAAAGAUGCCCCAGGUGGGACAGGUGAUCAAAGGGUACCCUUGGGAAUAGAAGAUUCCAGAACAUAGGAAGGGAAGCAGAGUGUGUGCAGGCCACAGAAGACAUCCUGGAGAGCAUCCACAACGGGGUCAUCGCCGUCUUCCAGCGCAAGGGGCUGCCUGACCAGGAGCUCUUCAGCCUCAACGAAGGCGUCCGGCCGUGCUUGGUCUGGACUGAGACGCCUGCCAUUCCCAGCCCCCAGAGGUGUGCAGUGCGGAGAGCUGUCAACCUGAGUGCAAAGGAGGAGGUUCAGACCCUAACUUGGUGUGUCCUGUGUGGCCUUGGACAAGUCACCGGACCUCCCUGAGCCUCCCUUGUCUCGCUUUUAGAAGGGAACCGUACUGGGCACCUGCUGCUGGGUUGGCAACUCCUGAAGACAGAGCUGGGGUCGCUCUUCACCGAGUACCUGCAGAACCAGCUGCUAACGAAAGGCAUGGUGAUCCUGCGAGACAAGAUCCGCUUCUAUGAGGGACAGAAACUGCUGGACUCGCUGGCAGAGACGUGGGACUUCUUCUUCAGUGACGUGCUGCCCACACUGCAGGCCAUCUUCUACCCAGUGCAGGGCAAGGAACCGUCCGUGCGCCAGCUCGCCCUGCUGCACUUCCGGAACGCCAUCACCCUGAGCGUGAAGCUGGAGGAUGCGCUGGCCCGCACCCAUGCCCGGGUGCCCCCCGCCAUCGUGCAGAUGCUGCUGGUGCUGCAGGUGCGUGGUGCCACAAGGAGGCCACUGGGCAUGAGGCCGGGCCUUCCAGACGCAGAGCCUGAGGGAGUGCAUGAGUCCCGGGGCGUGACCAAGGACUACUUGCGCCUAGAGACACUGAUCCAGAAGGUGGUGUCGCCCUACCUGGGCACCUACGGCCUCUACUCCAGCGAGGGCCCGUUCACACAUUCCUGCAUCCUGGAGAAGCACUUCCUGCGCCGCUCCCGCUCAGGGGAUGUGCUGGCCAAGAAUCCAGUGGUGCGCUCCAAGAGCUACAACACCCCGCUGCUGAACCCCGUGGCCGAGCACGAGGCCGAAGGAGCAGCCGCCGGCGGCCCCGGCAUCCGCAGACACUCCGUCUCGGAGAUGACGUCCUGCCCGGAGCCCCAGGGCUUCUCCGACACACCUGGCCAGGCCCCCCCUGGGGCCUUGAGAUCCUCUGUCGGCCCCCAGUCGGGGCCCUGCCCCAGCAGACUGUACCCCCCUGCCCAGCCCCCCGAGCCUGGCCCAGGCGCGGCCCACCCCUCCCCACCCUCCUCCAGUCCAGAGAACCUGGUGGACCAGAUCUUGGAGUCCGUGGACUCGGAUUCAGAAGGGAUCUUCAUUGACUUUGGCCGGGGCCGGGGCCCGGGCGCAUCGGAGUUUGAGGGGGCCGGGGGUCAGCGGAGCAUCGUGUGAGGGCCUCGUGUUUCUGCUGACCCCUGUGUGCCUGGGGGGUACGUGUGUGCAAGAAUUUUUUUACUCUGUCCCGGCCAGUCGGCUGUGGGUCCCAGCCACUGUGCCGUUCCGGAGUCUUCGUUGGAGAAAGCUUCACCCCCCGAGCCCCCGGCCCUGCUCCGUUCGGGGCACGUGUUGGCCGCUCCAGUGGCCUCACGUGGGUCACCAGGCGCACCGGUCUGCCGUGUGUGCACGGAGCAGACCUGGCCACCACCCCCAACCUGCCCCAGCCCGCCGGCGUCCACACCCACGGAGACAACACUGUGGCCCAGCCAGGCUUCCGGAAUGAUUCCCAGAGCAAGGGGGGUCGGUAGCAGACCCGCCUUCCCCCUUCCCACUCACCUGAGGCCACAGCAUGUCCUGUGGGCUCCUGUCCCAGACGCUCACACAGGCUGUCCUCACUCGGGGCAGCCACGGGCAGGAAGAGGAUGGAAUAAACGUGUCUGCCCCAAUCCCGAGCUCGUGUCUCUGACGCCAGGCCCCAGAUGUCCUUCUUCCCUGGUGCUCACCCUCCGAUGUCCCCUCGCCUCGGUGGGGCCUCCCCUCCCCACUCCCAGGGAGGGCGGGCUCCUAGGGUCCAAUUUCCUGGUCCUCUCCUGACACUGGGGCCCAGAGGCCCCAGAAGGAAGAGUUGGGAAGCCGGGAGCAGCCGGGACCACGGUGGGGAAGGGACACGCUCAGAGGGUCAGCGAUCAGCGUGGCCAGCAGUAGAGCAGCCUGGGGAGCAGGCCUAAUGGAAGGGGGGCUGGGGAGUUCUGUGAGUCAGGUGGUCAGGGAGGGAAGGUUGAUGCCUCGCCCAACGCCAAAUCACAGGGGUCCCCAGUCCCCGGGGACCGGCCAGAGGGAUCCCCUGCCUGCAUGGGCCUCUCCUGUCUACUGGGGCUCAUUUUGGGAUGCACACGUGCGUUGGGGCUGCAGGGCCACCGGGAGCGCAGUCUUGUGUGUGAGGACGGGGAAGUACUCACUUCACAAGCUCCGUGGCUGCUCGGCCUCGGAAAAUGCUCCGGCAGUGGGCGGGGGAGCCCCCCAGGUGGGGCUCAGCUGGGAGAGUAAGAGUGACUGGCCCCAGCCUCUGGGGGCACUGGGGCUGGGAAUUGGGCCACAAGCCUGUCCCUGGUCUGAGAACCCAGGAGAAUGGCCAUUUGGCUGGGCUGGUUGAUGGGGCUGAGAUCCCUGAACGGCCUUCCUUGGCUCCCAGAUCCUUCACGGAACCCGGAUAAGCCUGGACCCAGCUAACGUUGCGGGGGACCAUUAUCAGUGGGGUCCCCUCAAGGCAAAAGGGUCAGGCGAAGGGCAGAAAUGGCAGGGACCUGUCCGGGCUCUGCCCUCACCGGGGUGUUGAGCCCUCUGUGAUGUCUCCACCUCCUGGUGUGAAGGACCAGGAGAUCUGAGAUUCUCGGGUCCCUGGGGACACCAGUGGCCUUUGUGGGGCCCCCUGAGGUCUGCCAAAUCCUGCCCUGGGCGGAGGGAGGCCCCAUGCGCCAGCCAGUGGGGCCUCACCAGCGAUGGGGAGGCUGGAGCCCCGCGGAGGGCGGAGGGGGGAGGGCGGGGGCUGAGCCUGGGUCCUGAAGAAUCCCAGGGGCUGCUUCUGCUGCGGCUGUCCAGCACCCCCCCCCCCCAUUAAAGGAGCAGCUCAUCGUCUGGGCUGGGAGCAGGUCUGUGUCACACGCAGCCUUGUUCAAAAAGCGUUAAUGGAGAUCUGCAUCAAAACAUCCUGUUAUACAUUGGUAAAUUACGUGUGAAAAAUCAAGAACAGAUCACACCAGUUAGGAUAAAGGUCCCCCUGAACCCGCAGAACCUCGGAUUCUGGCUACUGGUGUCCCCUCCAAGAACCAAACUUCCUUAUGAUGAAGGUCCCAGCCCUGCUCAGGUCUCACGUUGGCCACCAGGAGCUCAGGCCAAGCCCCGAGCUGGCUGUGGCCGGUGUAGACCUGUGGCUCGCUCUGCCCCCGUGACCUGCCAUCCUUCCACGCCCCCCACCCCCCUCCCGUCUCCAACCUCUCCACGCGUUCCUUCCACAGGACUUGUCACUGAAUUUUCAGGGGGUGGAAACAGGUUAUGGGGCCAGAACUUUCUGCCGGCGUUCCUGUUGUGGGGAAAGCCAUUCGGACAUCCGCAACCCCAUGGCCUGGGAGAGAGCUGGGCCCAAGAGGGGCCCGGGGGGCUUGGGCUGCACGAAUUCUGGGGAGACCCUAUCUGACACAGGAGUCCAGGACUAGUCUGUCCCCCCCCACGAAGAGGCCUCCUGUCCUGUCCCCGCUGAGUCCCCAGCCACAGGUCGAGCCUGUCGAAUGCGUGACCUCAUUGGUUAACGGUUCACUGUCCACGCGCCACCAGGGAGCCUUCUCCAGUGGAGGGUUUCCCACGAGGCUCACUGUUCCCAUCUUUGUCUGUCGUAGGUCCUCCGGCAAGCCUCCAGGGCCGGGGUCUCCGGCCCGCCCACACCUGCCGAUGGGACUCUGCUGUGACCCUCGCCCAGCUGACGCGGGGGCUCCGAAAGCCUGAAGAGAGAAGUCCUGCUCCACAGUCCAAGCCCUUAGUGCUUCAGGCAAAAACCCACCCAGAAGCAGGCCCUGGAGCGUCGCGUUUAUGGGGAAUGGGACGCCCGCUCUGCCCGGCAACCUCCGCGGAUGAAGAGGGCGGUGACAAGGCCGCAGGGGCCACAGAGGGCCACGGAGGGGGACGAUCUGGGGGAAACCGAAAAAUUGUCUUUAAGAGUUCAUCUGGGGAACCCCUGCCCGUGCGACAGAGCGGGGGUCCCACCCUCCAUCUCGGGGGUCUUGACGUGGUCUGUGUGACUCCUUCGGGCACCUGGGAAGCCCAGGGACGCUCUCUUAGAAUAGUGUUUUUACAAUAAAAUACCUAAGAUCAC